UCUCCUGUACACCAGGUGGCACUAAUGCAUCAAAUACACGGCGAGCGCACCGGAAGUGACGUUUCAACUGCGGAUCUUCGGUCUGACAAUAAACAGAUGAAGUUUGUUGUUUCAUGUAUUCUUAAAUCUUUAUCGACAACACAAUACGACUGAUUUCAUCAGAAUCAUGUCUGGAGAUCUGGAUCUGUCUCCUCCUGAAGUUCCUGAACCCACAUUGUUUGAGAGUCUACUGCGUUAUGGACUCUUCCUAGGGGCCAUUUUUCAACUCGUCUGUAUUUUAGCUAUAAUAAUACCAACAUCCAAGAGUCACGAACAGGUGGAGACUCCAGAGCCGGUUGAUAUGCGAGGAUUUGAAAACAACAAGAAGACAAAGGCACCCGUUCAACAAAUCCGACAGAAACUGAAAAAGGAGAGCAAGAAAAAGCGAUAGACACACAGAAUAAAUGACUGAAUGAGCAUUAAUGGUGUUAUUGGUCCAGCUGUGUGUUUUGUAUUGUAUGUGUAUUCACAGUUUCAUUAAGUUGUAACUCUUCUAACAUCAUGAGUCAAGUUUGGUUUUUCAGACAUUUGCCUCUUCAAAACAGUGUUUUUAUGCGUAUCUUUGUUAAUAUCUUUGUUGUUUAAUGAUUAUUUUAAGUACAAUAAUCCAAAUAAACUGAUAACUGUU